AUGGAUCUCCAUGUGCUAGAAGGGGCUACUCGUACGUUGUGCGGCAGAGAUAUGAUUAAAGCGUUAGAAAUUAACUGUGGGCCGCAUUACCCAAGCGUAUAUGGGGUACAAAACAAACCCCGAGAAAACGUUGAAAAUAGACUUGCUAAAAUCCUAGAGGAGAACAAAGCCUUAUUUGAGCCUGGUCUAGGGAAGUGUACAACAACACAGGCUACGCUGAAGUUCAAAGUAGAACCAGUACCAAAGUUCUUUAGAGCUCGACCAGUACCCUUAGCUCUCCGACCCAAAGUGGAAGAAAAAAUAAAAGAGUUAGUAAGUAACGGCACGUUAACCCAGGUGGACCAUUCGGAGUGGGCUACUCCGUUAGUGGUCGUUCCUAAGCCUGGAGCGAAAACGCUGCUACAUUUAUGGGAAGAGCCAGCUAACCCCUGGCAAAGAUUACACAUGGAUUUUUGCCAAACCCAAGGAGGAGAAAAAUGGCUGGUAAUUGUGGAUGCCAAGUCUAAGUGGCCGGAAGUGGUGCGCAUGGGGCUGACUACGGCGGAGCAUACGAUAGAGAAAUUGAGAAUGAUUUUCGCCUACCAUGGGUUGCCAGAGCAAAUGGUAUCGGAUAAUGGACCACCUUUUUCAUCAACGCGAUUUAAGAAAUUCUGUCAGGAAAGGAAUAUUGAACUAACGCUAACCUCACCUUACCAUCCCAAUUCCAACGGAGAAGCGGAAAGAUUUGUUCAAACUUUUAAAAAGGGAUGGUACAAAGGAUUGCGCGAUGGAAAAAAGCCAGGAGAUAUAUUAGCAGGAUUACUCUUUGAAUAUAGAGUAACCCCUCACCCAGCCACCGGGAAGUCUCCGGCGGAAAUAUUGAUGGGCAGAGAGUUGAGGACCACUUUGGAUGUCCAUAAGACUAAGAGAAAGACACUGGGUGAUACUAGCUAUCGGAAGCGAAUGAAGGCUGAUUACGAUAGAAGGGGUAGAGCAGAGAGGGCCUUCGUUGUGGGGCAACAGGUAUACAUGCGUAACUAUCAGAAAGGGGAUAAAUGGAUCCCUGGAAUUAUAACACAGGUUGUGGGCAAACGAGUAUACGAGGUUCACUUCGGAACAGGAAGCCGGAAGGCGCACGCUGAUCAAUUAAAAGAGAGGAUAAUGUCGGAGGAGGAUUACGCAUUGAUGACAGGUAAAAGGAUUCCCGUACAAGAGCAAGUGUUACCGCUAAGGCGAUCUAGUCGAACACGUAAACCCACGGUUCGGAUGAGAACUUACGUGGAAGAGAGGGAGAAACCUGUUAGAACAAGAGGCAGCGUAAAGGUGGUGGACGUGGCAAGCCACGUGGAUGGCAAGAGUAUAAAAACGGGGAAACGUGUAAAUGCCUCAUUUAUGUGGACGUACGUACCAACUACCCCAUCCUAUCCCGCGCCGCCGCCACCACCUCCGCCGACUACGCCCUCGGCGCAAAUGGCCACGCUACCGAGUCCACCGAUUGUAAUUCAAGUGACCAGUCCGGCGCAAGGACAGGGAGUGCCAGCGGUGGCAGCACAAGGAGGCGCUCGCGGCACCAACCCGCCACUGAGGGGCGUCGGUGCGUAUCGUGGAAGGGGAGUACGCCGCCCGCGCAGGGAACGCCGAGUUGCGCUGAGAAAGGAGCUCAGCGAG